AUGCCCAACGAGAUAAAGACCACCGUCGACCUCGUGCGCAUCGCGCAGCUCGAGCUCACGAGCGAGCACGACAACAAGGCGCUCCCCGGCGCGAUCACCACCGAGGGGGGGUACAAGGGCGAGCAGAUGUCGGGCAAGGCAGUCACGCACUUCACUACUUUCAAUCACGGCGUCGACGACGCGGACCAGAGCUUCAACGGCAUCUCCGUGUUCACCGGCUCCAUCCUCGGGCGUGCCGGCACCGUCGCGUUCACCAUUGCCGGCGGGUACGACAAGGCGUCGGACGUCGUCGAGGCGGAGUAUGUUAUCCUGGGCGCGUCUGCGUCUGGCGAGCUCAAGGGGAUCAAGGGCGCCGGCCACUCGGCGUGCUCGCCGGGCAAGAGUACUGGUAUCCCCGCGACCUUCAACGUCGAGUUUGCGUAGAGCACGC